AUGGAGUACGAAGAUUGUAAGUUAUUAAUAAGAAUGGGCGUUCCUAGGGAUAGGAUCCACAAAGCAGCUAUAGUAUCAGAGAAUUUAUACCACUUUUACAUUUUUACUAAGGUUGGUAAGAAGUACUGUGAGUAUAGGGAGUUUUUGUGUUAUAAAAUAGCAGAAGUUGAAGUUGAUGGAGAAAUGAUACUUCUGGUAUAUCACGGCGUUUCUGGAAAUGCCGCCUCCCCUAUAAUGAAGGAACUACUUGAAAUGGGCGUAAAAAUAGUUAUUAGAUGUGGAAAAUGUGGUACAUACAAGCCUUCGACUGUAAAAUCUGGAGACUUAUCCAUUACAUACGCCUCGGUCCGAGACGAUACCAGUUCUAUGGCCGAAAUUGACGUAAAAUAUCCUGCAGUGGCUGAUUUCGAUGUGAUAGAUUGCCUUGUAGAUACUGCUGAAGAACUCGGUAUUGAUGCUUCACUUGGAAUAAAUUACAGUUCAGAUUUAUUCUACAGGCGAACCUGCAAAGACGAUCACAGGGAUAUAUACCCUACGUACAAUAUAGGAGAUACUGAGGAGAGUGAAACAGCAACGAUUUUCGUAUUAUGCUCCCUUUACGGAGCAAAGGCUGGAGCAGUUAUGACAAUUGACGGAACUCCUCUCUACUGGUCAAGCGGUGGAUAUAUUGUUGGUGAAAAAAUCGUCGAUGUUGGAAUCGAAAAAAUGACACUUUUAGCUUCAAAAGCCGCCUCAAAACUUUCCAACAAAUAUCGCAAUAAUCAAAUGUAGAAAAUUUAUCAAUUUAAUUUUUAAUUUGGAAAAUUCCAAGAUUUAUUUCAAUCAACAACCUCAGUGGAAUACGCUUCAAAUAACCGCGACUUUUAAAUAAAACUUUAUAAUGUGUUGAAAUUUUA